UCAUGCACACGUGAGCAGCGUUUUGUUUAAUAGUAAACAGUAAUUAAAUUAUACAUAGGUGAGCCAUUCGUUUAUUAUGAAGAGUUUGGUAGGAAUAUACGCCUAUAGAUAAGUUAUCCUAGUCGCCCGUAUUACAUUACUCGAUAUUACGCAGCAUUUUCCCAGAAUGUUAUCUGAACUGAACACCAAACAGGUUAGCUCGUUUUCGUAAACAUUACAAAUAUUUCGCAAUAUUGGAACAGUCAUAAAAACAACAUGCUCAGUCGGAGUCUCGGAGUUGUAGUUUCAGUUUCGCGCGUCAAUUAUGAGUAUGAGUACCGAUAUGGAGAGUGGUAAUUGGCGAGGGGUUCCUUUAACCGAGAUAUGGGGGGCGGUGUCCCCGUGGGGGGCUCCAGAGUUCCCUUUAGUGGUCCCGGCGGCAGACCACACAGUGUUGUACCGCAUUUCCAGUUUAGAGUUGGAUAAACAGCCACCGGAACCUCAGAAUGGAGAAGACAAAUGGGAUGAUGAUUUCGUCAAAAUGCCCUGCAAUAGUCAGAGUUUACACCGGGUCGAAGAUAGCUCAGGUGAAACAUACAUGAAGAAGUGCUGGGAUUUGAUCCAGACGGCCCUGAGUCAGCCAAUCCGGAACAGCCAGGAGCUGGCAGACGCCAUAUUAAGCUACAAUACGCAGCUCAAGGACACUUGGAAAUUCAAGGCGCUGCAUAAGCUGCUCAAUGAGCAUUUAGAAAAAGAGGAAUCCCAACACUUCUUUGAUGUCACGCUGCAUCAGAUGACUAAGCUAGCCCUAGACUUGCCGAAACUGAUUCAGUCCCCAAUACCAGUUUUAAAACAAAACAAGAACCAGUCAAUAUCACUAACGCAGCAGCAAAUAUCGAGUUUGCUCGCAAACGCGUUUUUCUGCACAUUCCCGAGGCUAAAGCAGGAAGACAGCAAAGAAAAGACUUCGGAAUAUGUUUUUAUGCCACGCUUUAACUUUAAUACCCUCUAUGAAACGUCAGGGGCAGAUCAUGUACUGGGCAAGCUUAAGUGUCUCCUUAAUUACUUUAGAAGAGUCUGCACUGAAGUCCCAGUGGGUGCGGUCACAUUCUCCCGUCGGUCAGUGCCUGACCACUGUCCCGACUGGUCAAAGUCAUCCGCCUCUCUUUCUGUACCUCUACAUGUUGACUCUUCCACUGGUAUUGAAGAUGCUGACGGUUUAAUACAAAUGGACUUCGCUAACAAACGACUCGGCGGAGGCGUGCUACGCCGAGGUUGUGUGCAGGAAGAGAUCCGCUUCGUCAUCUGCCCCGAGUUACUAGUUUCUAUGCUGUUUACUGAGACAUUACUACCUCAUGAGGCGGUCAUGAUCAUAGGCUGCGAACGCUACAACAACCACUCCGGCUACAGCCGCACCUUCCGCUUCGAGGGUGACUAUCGUGACGUCACGCCGUCGGACUCGUGUCGUCGCCGUCGCGUCGCCGUGCUGGCUAUGGACGCGACGCCUUAUAGAGGAGAUAAAUAUCUGCAGUAUACUUUACCGGCCAUACAUAGGGAGCUUAAUAAGGCCUGGGUCGGCUUCAGCUUUUACUCCAAAGACCAACCCUCGGGUAUCCAGUACCCCGGCGUGGCCACCGGCAACUGGGGCUGCGGGGCCUACGGCGGCUUCCCGCAGCUCAAGACCCUCAUACAGCUCAUGGCCUGUGCGGAGGCCCGGAGGCCUAUGGCGUACUACACGUUCAACGAUGAGGGGAUCAGAGACGAGUUUGUGAACAUUUAUAAUUUGCUGAAGGAGCAUAAGGUUACAGUAGGCCAGCUGUACCAGUUGAUCGCGCGGUUCUGCACGACGGACGUGCGUAAGGGCAGCCUGCACGCCUUCAUACAUCAAGCGCUUAACAGCGGAGAUCUACUUUCCACCGAUAACACGGGUUAUUCCCACUAGUUACCACCAAGUUGUUACCAGUGGUAACUGCUGGGAUUUUUUCCCCCACAUUUUACCACUGGUAACUACUGGGAUUUUUUUUUU